AUGCAUUAUCUACUGGGAAUUGCCGGUGUAGUGUCCAUUGCUGCUCUCGCUGCCGCCUCUCCAGUUGAGAAUGCCAUACCAGGUGGUGUAUUCACCAUCCCGCAACAGAAAAACAAGCACUUCAAAGAGAGCACGGGACUGGACGCUCUCCUCCAUGCAUUUUCCAAGUACAAUGCAACCCUGCCGCCGAGGCUGCGUGCCGCGGUGGAGAUAAAUCCGCGGAUUCGGACCAAGUUGCGACAGCGGAACAACAUGUUUGGGUCUGUACUGGCCGUACCGCCGGCCCCUUAUGACAUUGAAUAUAUGUCAGCCAUUAGGAUUGGUACACCGCCACAGAGUAUAAACAUCGCCAUCGAUACGGGAUGGGUCAUGUCGACAGACACGCCCACCGACCAGCAAAACGGCCGACCAGUCUACUCACCGCACAAUUCGACAACGAGCAAGCUCAUCCCCAACGCGACGUGGUCCAUCGCGUACGGGGACGGCUCGGGGGCCUCGGGCAUCGCCUACACGGACCGGGUGCAGCUCGGCGGGGCCAGGUUCGACGCGCAGGUGGUGGAGUCGGCUACGUACGCGUCGAGGUCCUUCACCGAUGACCCGUGGAUCUCGGGCCUGAUGGGUCUGGGCAUGAGCUGGGCCAACACGGUGCGGCCGCAGCGGGCGCAGACUUUUACCGACAACAUCAAGGACAAGCUGGCGUCGCCCGUCUUCACGGCGAACCUGCGGGCCGGCAGGCCCGGAAACUACAAUUUCGGCUUCGUCAACCCAAACGAGUACACGGGUGCGAUCGGCUGGGCACCCGUGAUCCCGGCCCGUCCGUGGUGGGAGGUGCGGGCGUCUGGGUUCGGGGUUGGGAGCGCAGGGCCGUACCUGGCCAGGCCCUUCGCGGCCAUCGUCGACACGGGCACGACGCUGCUCCUCCUGCCCGAGUGGAUGGUCAAGAUGUACUACGCACAGGUGGCUGGGGCCGCGGUGGACCGGUACUGGGGCUCAUGGGUGUUUCCGUGCGCGUCGGCGCUGCCGGACUUCAGGUUCGUGGUGGGGGGAAUCGUGGGCGUGGUCCCGGGAAGGUACAUGCGGUAUUGGCAGUACGACGACAGCAUGUGCUACGGCGGCCUGCAGUCGAGCUCCGGGCUGGGGAUUAAUGUGUUUGGCGACGUGCUCCUCAAGGCGCAGUUUGUGGUUUUCGACAUGGGCCAGAUGAGGGUUGGGUUUGCGAACAAGAAGUUGCUGUCUUGA